UGCUGAAAGCUCAGCUUUCAGCUGAACUUGGUUCCAAAUCGAAUCUCAGAGGCAGAGUUUGGGUUGAAGUAGAAAAGGAUAACUUUAUUGCUUUACCAGGCAAAGGGGGUCACAGCGGGCUAAUGCUCUCAAAACCAGGUGUCCCAACUUGGGGAAAAUAGUGACAAGUUUUAUAGUAAUUGUUUAAAGAGGGCAUGAUCAGUUUGUGGACGUUCUUCUGAUGGGUUGGUGUUGAGGCAAGUAGGAGUCAGCAUUUUUAACCUUCAGGUCCAACUGGUCUGGGGUCUACAUGCUUGUGGGCAGUAUUCCAUUGCUAAUUGUUAACUUCUCCCACCUGGACGGGGUUUCGUUAUCUGCAAAAUAACUCAAAGAAAUUGUUGUGUGUAUCGUUGAUGCGGAAACAGGACCUUGCCCCAAGGCUGCUCCCGAUGGUUUCUCUCUGGUCUCUCAUUCUCUCCCUUCCCUAAUGAACAACGGCUUGAAUCUGCCUAUUAGAACUCAGGGAAGGUCAUGGAAGCUGAGUGAAGGCUGUUCCCUAUAAUCAAAGAAAUGGGGGACACAAAGGCUUUGUGCCCAAGCGCCCUACAUGGUGUCACCACCAGUGUCCCUUGAACAAAUUGUGCACUGUCACUAUCAUCGUCUGCAUCCCUGCCUGGUGAUAGGGUGCUGGUGAACUUGAGAGACCUGGAAAAUGUUAGGAAUGGAAGGGAUGAGGCAGACUGUGUGGGAAGGGAAAGAGAAACUUUCCCAUGUGGUAUCACCCAGCCUCCUUCGUCCAGCUCCCAGACAACCUACUCACUGUUUUAAGUGUCAACUACUCACCUAAGUGCCCUUUAUUUUACUUUAUUAUUUUUUUUCUAAGUGUCCUUUAAAAUGCUGUAGGUUGCGCACAAAACCCCCAGGAGACUGUUAGGUGCUAACUAUAUUUUGGUAACAUUUGGAGAAAUUAGGGUUUUUGGAAGGGCUAGGAAUGCUUUCCCCCCCUUACUUGAAAUAAUGGAGUACAUGCUCCCCCUGUUUUCAGGAUGGACUGGAUUCUGACACAAAGGAUGCCUGUGGUGGCAACUGCUGUUAUUGAGCGCCUACUGUGUAUUGAGUCCCACACUAAGCAUUUCACAUGCACUGCUCACGUGCCUUCUCAACAGGCCUGCAUCUUUUGGGGCUGUUUCUCUGAUGCUGAGAGGGACCAGGUGUGGGGGAUGAAGGGACCAGGGGCACUAGUGCUGAGAGGUGGGUCAGGUGUUGACCUCUCUGUGGCAGCUACUGAUGGGGCAAUUAAUUGCCAGUUGAGACUGGUGAAAUGAAGUCAUUGUGUGCAGGGGCUGGAAGCGGGGAGAGGGCGGGACCCAGAGGGAGGAGGGCCCAGUGCAGAGUUGUCAGGACAGCUGUGAAGGCUCUGACCAGAGCACGCAGGGGCUAGCAGAGAGACCGGCCAGGGCCAGAGCUGUAGGAACCUGGCAGAGAGAGAGGGUCAGCCUGGCAACAGGGACUUGCCGCUCACGUGUGGCCCUGGAGACGGAUGGUCAGGGCUGGACCUACCUGGGCCAGGGUCCUGCCCUCGAGCGGGGUUCACUCUUCGGUUGCUGGAGUCUGAGCAGAAACCUGACCUGGUGACCUAGGGUUAAAAGGUUGCUAAUCUGACAGGGGUGAGGGGCUUCAGUCCUGCCACGUGACUGCUGCUGUGAGCCCACCAGGCCCACUGCUGAGGGCAUGAGUGAUCAGGAGAGGGAGACAGAGGAGGAUGAGGGAGGAGACCCUUCAGACACAGCACCCAUGCUGCCCCGGAGGCUUCCUGAUCGCCAGGCUUCAGACCUGAUGUCCCCAGGGUGGGCAAGCCUGGCUGCCCAAGGCCUGGGGACUCUGCUGCUCCCAGGAUGGGCCCUGGCCCGGCUCCUGCUCCACCUGCUGCUGCCUGCAGCCGUGUUCCUGCUGGUGCUGCUGCCUGCAGCUGCCGUCGUGUACCUGGGAUUCCUAUGUCACUCGAGGGUCCACCCGGCGCCCCGCCCCGCGUGCCGCGCGCUGCUGUCCGACCGCGGCUCCGCGGCGCUCAUCGUGUUGGGCUUCCUCUCGCUGCCUCCGCUGCUGGUGCUCGCUUCGGUCGCUCGCGCCCGCCUGGCUCGACGCCUCCACUCGCUGCUGCCGCCCCCCACUUGGAGCCCUGGACCCCGCCGCCAGCCCGACGGGGAGAAGCAGCUCUGCGCCUGGGUGUGACCCCACACGCCCCCUCAAAUCCCGGAGGCCCCCGAACUACCCCGUGUCCCCCAUCAGUGGCCCCAGGCUGGCGAGCUCAACGGUCUGCGUUCAAGUCCUUGACCGUCAAGCGCGUGCGCAGUGCUCCGACGUGCCGCAAGGUGGCACCGGACUCCCCCGGAACUGGACUGUCCUUCCUCGCCUUCGCCCGCCCCCGCACUCCCCGCAGCAGCCCGAGGGGCUGGGACGCCCCCCAGGGAGCAGGGAAAUGGUCCUCAGAGAAGGGGCGCGAGGCCAGACUCUGAGAAAAGUGGCCUUCCUGGCUUCUGCCUUUGGGACUGCCCAAGGCUCCUGUGCCCCGACAACGGGGCAGACCCUGCGGGCCGCCGUCUGGUCAGCGAAUUGUAGAGCUGGGGAGACUCGCUCCGGAGACUUCCACACUCCACGAUCCCAGAGGUUCAACGGCCAGAGCGGCAGGGUGUGCAGGGCUCAGCCGGAGGCCUGCGUCAGCGUUAGAGCAAGGGCUCUGUCAGUUCCUCUGAUUUUAAGAUCUUUUCCGUCCUUUGUGUUUUUUUUGCUUUCAAGCAUGUUUCUGGUUUAUUCCUUUGGUACACACUAUGUUUGUUUCCCGUUCCUAGGGGUUUACAUCUUUCAUCAGUAAUGGAGAAUUCUCAACCAUUAUUUCUUCAAUUCUGCCUCAUUCAUUCCACAUAAUCUUUAUUGGGAAGCACCUAUUACAUUAAUACUUCCUGUCGUCCUAUUACUUCUGUCAGUUCAUCUCUCUUCUGUGUCUUCCUUCUCCUUGUCUCCCUACGCUGCACGUGUUUUGGGCAAUUUCCUCAUCUUCCUCUUCUAGUUCACUAAGCACUGGUUUUAUCUAAUCUGCGGAUUGUCCUCCUAUCCAAAAGGAGCCUGGCGGGCUACAGUCUAUGGGGUCCGGAAGAGUCGGACACGGCGGAGUGACUAAGCACACAUCUACAAGUUAUACUGCGUGUGUGCUAAAUCGCGUCCAAUUCUUUGCGACCCUA